AUGUCCAGCAACAAUCAAAUGCAAAUGAAUCUUUCACAGGAACUUGAAGCCUUAUCAUUUACAUCCGAAGAUGAAAAGAUUAGUGAAUACUUUAACAAGCUAGGGACAUUGCCACAUGUUGAAAAAGAAGCUAAAUUUAGAGAGUUUUUAGAUAAAAGGCAUCAAGUUAGUGCUGGUACCGGUAAAAUAAAUUCUACUCAUGAUAACGAAACUUUGACACAGUUCCAGAUAAAUGAAUAUCGCGAUAAAGUAAUUAUAGAAAAAAUUGCUUCAUUCGCAAAGCAGCAUAAACUUGAGCACAUUUUCUUUGAGUUUACGACUUUUUUCAAAGGUAAUGAUUUUGGGUCCGGUGUAGAUGGUAAGCCACUUGAACAAGUUAUGUGUUCAAAUAUUAAUGUUUCUAAUCGUUUCGCCUGUAAGAAUAUCGGUGAUAAACUUUGUACAAAUUGUCGAGUUAUCCUUUAUUGCAGCAAAGAAUGUCAAAAGAUGCAUUGGAAGUUUCAUAAAAUUGAUUGUAAAUCUGACCUAGCAUCAAAAGAUUGGCGACCAGACUAUGUCAAGGAAGUGAGAAUGCCAUCAUUCUUUUCCGAUAGUCCUUCUAUGUCCUUUUUUAACCCUUUGAAAAAUGUAGAAUAUUUAUGGGGAAACAUGCCGGCAAUUGAUAUUGUUAAAUUGGAAUCUAAUGAGCUUUCAAAUGGUAAAUCAAGUUUCAAUAAGCCAAUUAAUAUUCUCUUUGCUGCAAGUGGAGAUCUCAAUGAUACUAUUAUAUCAAUGAAUGGAUUGCCGCUCGAUUUCGAUCAACCAGUUAAUAUUUGUAUUAACGAUUACGAAGAACGAAUUGUGGCUCGAAACUUUAUAAUAAUUUAUCUGCUUGCACAGCUUGGAAAGAAUGCUAUUGAUAUGGUUAUUCAAAUUUGGUAUUCAUCAGCACUUACUGAUAAACAAUCGAUUAAAUGCCUUCAAAUAUUUUGUACACUUGUUCAAAAUUCACUUAUGAAAGAAGAAAAUACAUUUGAGUUUGGUAAAAUUAAAAUUCGUACGCAUUUUAGUCUUAAAACUUGGAAGUGUCUCUUAGAAAUGAUUGCAAAUGGGGUUGAUUUACAAACAGGCGUAGUUAUGCGCAACGCUAUUAUGUUAGACCCAGACCGUAAAGAUUAUCGACACCGAUAUCUUCAACGUCUUACACCAAGCGAACGAAUUUGUUUCGAUAAUUUCCGUCAUCAUGGAAUUCUUCUCCCAUAUGGUGCGUUGAAUGCUCAUCAUAAUGCACAAAAUAGGUUCAUUUUAGAUCCGAAAUGUGGCUGGGUAAUGGCUGACAGUUCAGAUCCACUUUCAGGAUGGGAUAUAUUUAAGGUUGUUCAGGUUAAACAUGGAACAGCAGACGAAGAUCUUUAUGGGAAACUUUUUUUUUAUCUCCGUGAACAAUUUGAGAUGUUCGUUGAUCGAUUAGAAAAAUUGACAGUUAAUUUUGAUUUGUAUGAUGAGGAUGCUCUCAAACUUAACGAAAAAUUAAAAGGCAACAAAUUUGAUAGGAUUUACGUAAAUAAUCUUGGUGAUGAAUUAUAUGUUGGUAUUAAAUCCAUAUUAACCAAAUUCCGACCUCUUCUAAAUUCUAAUAACCCAUAUGCAACUCUGAUUACACUGUUCAUGAAUUGGUUACCUUCUAUACCACAAUCUGAUCAAGGAAAAUUAAUGGAAAAUGUUCUGAAGGGCGAUAAUGAUGAAUAUAAAAGUAGAUUGACAAAUAAAUUUUCAUCAUCAUCAUCCAAUACUAAUGAUAUAAUGAAUCACUUUUCUCGUUUAACAUUUGAAAUUACUGAUGAAAUGAAUGCAUUAUAUGAUCAUACCAAAGAAUUUGAAAAAUAUAUGGAAAAGAAGGGCGCGAAUAAAACCGCGAAAAAGGUUGGAUUACGUCGACGAACGGUUCAUAGAAUUGUACCUAAAAGACUCGGUAUCAGCAUGAAACAGGAUGAACAAAAUAAUGUUCUAUCGCUUGAAAACGAGAGAGAUAGGCAUUUAUGGUUUGAUGUUGGAAUGCACACAUUUUUAGAACAUUAUGCUGAGUGGGAGGUCGUAGCUUAA